GAAGCAGAGAGUAAUCUGAGGGAGAGGGCCAGCCAAGGGCAGCCAAGUAUAUAUUGAUCACAGGCACUUACUUGUGAAUGGACCAGUCCUGUCCUGGGAUCAGGAUUUCAGGCAUCAGAAACACAAGGAAAAUCCAAAAUACCCAAACCAGCCUUGCCUUUGGGCAGGUGUUUCCAGGACAGAGGGCAGAGUGUAAAGGAUGGGGCGGCUGCUCCCUUUGACCUGGAUGCUGCUGGUAAUGAUGGUAACCUCCUGGUUCACUGUAGUUGGAGCCAGUAACUCAACAGAAGCGAGAAGGUGUUCUGAAUGCCACAACAAUGCCACCUGCUUGGUGGAUGGUGUGAUCACAACGUGCUCCUGCCAGACCGGCUUCACUGGCGAUGGGCUGGUGUGUGAGGACAUGGAUGAGUGUGCUACCUCAUGGACUCACAACUGCUCCAACAGCAGCUGCGUGAACACCCUGGGCUCCUUUAAGUGCUCCUGUCAGGAUGGCUUUCGUCUGACGCCUGAGCUGAGCUGCAUUGAUGUGAAUGAGUGCACAGAGCAGGGGCUCAAUAACUGUCACGCCCUGGCCACCUGUGUCAACACAGAGGGCAACUACUCGUGCGUGUGUCCCGAGGGCUUUACAGGGGAUGGUUGGUACUGUGAGUGCUCCCCAGGCUCCUGUGAGCCGGGGCUGGACUGCUUGCCCCAGGGUCCGGAUGGAAACCUGGUAUGUCAAGACCCCUGCAAUGCAUAUGAGACCCUGACUGAGUACUGGCGCAGCUCAGAGUAUGGUUCUGGCUACUCCUGUGAUGCGGGUCUGCACGGCUGGUACCGGUUUAAAGGCCAGGGUGGCGUUCGCAUGGCUGAGACCUGUGUGCCGGUCCUGCGAUGCAACACGGCUGCACCCAUGUGGCUCAAUGGCUCUCAUCCCUCGAGCAGAGAAGGCAUUGUGAGCCGCACGGCCUGCGCACACUGGAGCAACCAAUGCUGCCUGUGGUCCACAGAGAUCCAGAUGAAGGCUUGCCCGGGUGGCUUCUAUGUUUACAACUUGACAGCGCCCCCUCAGUGCAAUCUGGCUUACUGCACCGAUCCUAGUUCCGUGGAGGGGACUUGCGAAGAAUGCAGGGUAGAUGAAGAUUGCAUAUCGGAUAACGGCAGAUGGCGCUGCCAGUGUAAACGGGACUUCAACAUCACAGAUGUCUCCCUCUUGGAGUACAGGCUGGAGUGUGGGGCCAAUGACAUCAAGAUGUCCCUCAGCAAGUGCCAGCUACAGAGUUUGGGCUUUAUGAAAGUCUUCAUGUACCUGAAUGACAGACAAUGCUCAGGCUUCAGUGAGAGUGGUGAACGAGACUGGAUGUCCAUAGUGACCCCUGCCAGGGAUGGUCCCUGUGGGACAGUAUUGAGGAGAAAUGAAACCCAUGUCACCUACAGCAACACCCUCUACCUGGCAAAUGAGAUCAUCAUUCGGGACAUCAACAUCAGGAUGAACUUUGAAUGCUCUUACCCUCUGGACAUGAAAGUCAGCCUGAAGACUUCCCUACAGCCCAUGGUCAGUGCCCUGAACAUCAGCUUGGGUGGGACAGGCAAGUUCACCGUGCGGAUGGCAUUGUUCCAGAACCCUACCUACACACAGCCCCACCAAGGUCCUUCUGUGAUGCUGUCCACUGAAGCUUUUCUAUAUGUGGGCACCAUGCUGGAUGGGGGUGACUUGUCCCGGUUUGUACUGCUAAUGACCAACUGCUAUGCCACACCCAGUAGCAACUCCACAGAUCCUGUGAAAUACUUCAUUAUCCAGGACAGAUGUCCACAUACAGAAGAUACAACCAUUCAGGUGACAGAGAAUGGCGAGUCCUCUCAGGCCCGAUUUUCUGUUCAGAUGUUCCGGUUUGCAGGAAACUCCGACCUUGUCUACCUUCACUGUGAGGUGUACCUAUGUGACUCUACGAGUGAACAGUGUAAACCUACCUGCUCUGGUACUAGAUUUCGAAGUGGGAACUUCAUAGAUCAGACCCGUGUCCUGAACUUGGGUCCCAUCACACGACAAGGUGUCCAGGCCUCAGUGUCCAAGGCUGCUUCCAGCAACUUGAGGCUCCUGAGCAUCUGGCUGCUGCUGUUUCUCUCAGCCACUUUGACCCUCAUGGUUCAGUGAUGAAAAGCAGAAAACCUGGUGUGGCUCCCAGCUCACUUCCUGCUGGCCAGGAGUGGGGAUGCAGGCUGGUUAUCAGCCAGGAGAGAGGGAGCUCACACCACCUCCAGCUUGCGUGUACUCUUUCUUUAAUCCUCACCAUCAAAAACAAGUUGGCAUCUUUCAGUGCUGCUCUUCCUUCAAAUGGGACUAUGUGAUAUGUACGAAGCCCCUGUCUCCUUAAGAAAUGUGGCAAAAUAAUAAGUUUAAAGUAUCAGGUUUUGGAGUCAUUAAUUCAAGUCAUCACAGAGCACACAGUUGCUGUGAGCACUGUCUGUUGUGCUGGAAUUACAUGGUGGGAAUAAAACAGAUCCUUUCUUCUAUCUUUAUGGACUUCACAGUUGCUCCAAGAAACUAGGCUCACAAUGUAUAUGAACUUCACCUGUCCAUCAAUUCAUGUAUACAUCCAUCCUUUCACUCAAUAAACAUUUGCCAAGCCACUAA